CUGCCUAUGAAGCUGAAUUGUUACAUCAAGUACAUACUGAAGCUAUGGGAGGAGUCACCUUCAGGCUUACUCCUAGAUACAAAGAAGGCUCUGUUUCCAAUGUUGGUCAAGCUUAGGAAGAAUACACUGCCAGUCGACCACCUCACCUCCCUGAUGACGAUCUUCUACCAUCUACAGCGUGCUGAGUACAUGAAGGCCAACGAGUCGUACAUGAAGCUGAGCAUUGGGAACGUUGCCUGGCCCAUUGGUGUGAUAAGCAUCAGUAUCCACGCAAGAUCUACGCAGAGCCGGUUGGCAGGUGGUAAGGCAAACAUCAUGCUGGAUGAACAGACGAGGAAGUGGAUCACUGGAGUGAAGAGACUGAUCACGUUCAUGGAG